AGCAGCAGCAGCAGCAGCAGCAGACUUGUUCUUGAGAUAUGAUGGCCAUGGACACCCAUUUUCUAUUCCCUUACCAAACCUCCUGGGAUUGGGAUCCACACACCUUUGGAGCUGGAGAUCUCCACGAACAACUCGUGCCUUUGAGUGCCAUGGAGAUGGAGUCGCCAGUGUCGUCGCAGGCCUCCACCGGUUACUUGCAAGACGCGGUGGCCGAGUGGAGCGACCGGUGCAAGCGGCGGCGGCUGACAGCUUCGUCCCCCGUUCAUGAUUCGACGACCAACGAAGGCCUCCAGAAUCUUCUUCAAGGUUUUUGGGACUUAAGCUGCCAUGGCGAUCCCUCCUUGCAUGAUCUGAGCUACUUGCUACAGGAUAAUGUCAUCAUCCCAGAUGACCCUUUCAACGUGCUGCUGAAGGCCAACACAGAAGUCGCCGGUCUGCAGCACCCACAAGAGCCACUUCUCUCCUCUUCCACCUCCUACGAAGAGCCACACAACUCCAAUGAACUACAUGGAAAAGAUCCUCCUCAGUCACCAAGAGACACGAAACCUUGUAGCUCUAAAGCAAAAGCGCUUACUUUGAGAGAAUGCGAGAGAAGACAAUGCAGUAAGACGACGAAGGCGAAGAUGAGCGUGGUGUACCCCUUUGCUGUGGUGAAGCCCGGGGGAGCGGACGGCGACGUGACGCUUGACGACAUCAACGCGAGGAUUCUCAUGCGUCCCAGGCGGCCUGUGCGCCACCCGGUGGGGGAGUACGCGCAGGGCCCCCGUGUGUCGCCGGACGGCCCUGGCCUCUCCGGUAAGGUAGUCGUCAGCCUCACACGGAUCCAAACACGUGGGAGGGGCACCAUAACAAUCAUAAGAACCAAGGGAUGAAGAUGAUGAUGUAUCUGUUGCCACUGCAUGCAUUCCUCAUAAUAAUUGUACAUAUGUAGUGCAAGGGAGUCUCUGUGAUUACCUCUCGAGAUCAUUUUUGUUCUAAUACUUUGAGAGAAUGGAAGUUUCAGAUUCGUCUUA